AUGUCCGCAGAAGAACAACAAGAGGCUGGUCUUAUUAACGAGGAUCUCGAGAGAGAUAUUGGUGAUGAGGAAAUCGAGGCUAUGAAGCAGCGUGUCAAGGAGAUGGAGGCUGAGGCUGCCAAGUUGCGUGAGAUGCAGGCUCAGGCAGAGAAGGACAUGAACAUGGGCGAAGAAGACAAGGAGGCUGUGGAUUCUAGGUCGGUGUAUGUCGGUAAUGUGGAUUGGGGUUCGACGCCCGAGGAGAUUCAAGGACACUUCCAGUCGUGCGGUACCAUCAACCGCAUUACUAUCCUGUGCGAUAAGUGGACUGGCCAGCCCAAGGGUUACGCUUACGUCGAGUUUGCUGACGCUUCCUCAGUCGCCAACGCCAUGGUCCUCAACGACUCUCUCUUCCGUGCUCGUCUCAUCAAGGUCACUCCUAAGCGUACCAACAUUCCAGGAAUGGCUGCCCGUGGUCGUGGACGCGGCAGGGGUGCUUACCGUGGAGGAUUUGCUGGUCACCACGGUGGCUACGGUGGCGGCGGUGGUGGCGGACACCACCCUUAUAGCUCCCCACCACCCAUGUACGGACCUCCCGGUGGCGGAGGAUAUCGCGGUCGUGGCGGUCGUGGUCGCGGAGGCAGAGGAGGAUACUAUGCUCCUUACUAA